UAGUUUUAUGUACAUACAUAGAAAAGUAUCCAAAGUUAAGUGUACGUAGGAACUAGGGAUUGCCAGGUUGAUGCAGUGAUCUAGUUGCUGGGUUGAUUUAAUGGGACACUUGAAACAGAAAAAGAAGUUUAAAGUGGUAGCACAUGUGGACGUUCCAAGUUCCAAGUCUUCAUUCUUAAAAAUUAUAAUGGUUGUUGUUGCCUUUAUCCAUCCUGAUUUGGGAAUUGGUGGAGCUGAAAGACUGGUUGUCGACGCUUCCCUUGCGUUGAAAAGUCGUGGACAUACUGUACACAUCUUCACUGCCCAUCACGACGCUUCGCAUUGUUUCCAAGAAACUAAAGAUGGUACCAUUUCUGUGACCUGUGUGGGAGACUGGCUGCCUCGUCAUCUUUUUGGCUAUUUCUACGCAUUAUUUGCCUAUGUGAGAAUGAUUUAUGUUGCCUUGUAUUUGGUCAUGUUUUCGAACUAUGUUGCAGACGUCAUAUUUUGUGAUCAAAUCUCGGCUUGCAUUCCAUUUCUUAAACUUUCCAAGGCAAAAAUUCUGUUCUACUGCCAUUUUCCUGAUCAAUUGUUAACCAAGAGAGAAAGCUUUGCGAAGAAAGUAUACCGUGCUCCCUUGGACUGGCUAGAGGAGAAAUCUACAGGCUUGUCGGAUUGCGUUCUGGUAAAUAGUAACUUCACAGCUGAGACAUUUUUUAAGACCUUUCCUACCCUCAAAUGCACAAAUCCAAGAGUCCUUUAUCCAUCGCUUAAUUUUAGUGCUUAUGAUAAAGAAAUCGGAGAUAAUGAAAAGAUACAAGGUGUACCAUUUGCAGCCAAUAUUGUAUUUUUAUCAAUAAAUCGGUUUGAACGUAAGAAAAACCUUCAGCUGGCAUUAAAAGCUUUGGCCAACCUAAAAGACAUAGUCUCCCAAACAGAGUGGAAGUCCAUACACUUAGUCAUAGCAGGUGGUUAUGACGAACGUGUCACGGAGAACAAGGAACACUACCAAGAAUUGGUGAAUUUUGCCGAAAAGAAUGAUCUUGCUGACCACGUGACUUUUAUCAAAUCAUUUAGCGAUAGAGAGAAACUAGUUUUGUUAGAACGGUCUUCGUGUUUGCUAUACACGCCGACCAACGAGCAUUUCGGGAUCGUUCCAAUUGAGGCAAUGUACAUGCGUCGUCCAGUGAUUGCUGUGAACACGGGUGGACCCCUCGAGACCGUUGUUGAUCGCGUCACUGGUUUCUUGUGUGAACCAAACGACGAGGCCUUUGCUAAUGCUAUGCUCGAAGUGGUCAGGGAAAUGGAAAUCGUCACGAGGUUUGGGGAAAAAGGCCGCGAGCGCGUCAUUCGUCAUUUCUCAUUCAACACUUUUAGCGAAAAUCUCGACAAAAUAGUAACGAAGCUUUAUACGAAAAACGAUCCUGCUAGCUUCCUCUCCGUCACUACGUUUUUCUUCAUUGUGUUAUUUAUCGCAAUAAUUUUAAUUUCUGUUUUUAUUUAUGUCUUUUAGACAAGACAGAAAUAUUUUUUCAUAAUAAUGCUUAGAAACCGUCGUCAGUACUCUUAAAUAAAUAAAGAUUAUAGGAUGAGGUU